UUAGAUUCCCACCAUCUCCCCUCGGUUUGACAUCUCUGAUGGCCGAACCGUGCUGUGGGUUCUGUCGUGAAUUCGGCGGCUGACGUUGGACGCCAUGAGAUAGCAUUAACACAAACCAUGAGGCCCACCAUGGAUGCUAGAGUCGGUCAGCAGCUCACAGGGUCAACGUUACUCUCAGUGUUUGACUCACAAACUCCGACUUCAACCGCCGAUGCUCUGUUUUGAAGUCGUCGCUGUCCUGCUAGGUUUGUUGCUGAGAGAAGGAGAAAUCCACUCGGGUGAUCAUGGCUCCACACCCAGUGGUCCAGGCCAUCAUCGAUCUCUCUGCAGGAGCAAUUGGAGGGGCUGCCUGUGUCUUCAGCGGUCAGCCUCUGGACACAGUGAAGGUAAAGAUGCAGACCUUUCCCACUCUGUACCGAGGUUUCAUCCACUGCAUCGUCUCCACCUACAAACAAGAUGGCGUGCGUGGGCUGUACCAGGGCACCAUCCCGGCGCUGGUGGCCAACGUUGCAGAGAACUCCGUGCUGUUCAUGAGCUACGGCUUCUGCCAGCAGGUCAUCCGCUUUGCAGCUGGACUGCACCACAACGCUGUGCUGAGGUUCGCCGCUUCUAACAGUAAAAGAAGCAAACGUACAUGUCCAGUUUCUGAUUAUUCUUCCCUCUUCAUCAGCGACUUGGAGAAAGCCUGUGCUGGUUCUGUAGCUUCUAGCUUCUCCUCACUUGUCCUCUGCCCCACUGAGCUGGUGAAGUGUCGUCUACAAGCCAUGUAUGAGAUGGAAAUGUCUGGAAGGAUUGCUAAAAGCAACAACUCGGUGUGGUCGGUGGUGAAGUCCAUUAUGAGGAACGAGGGUCCGCAGGGCUUCUUCCAGGGACUGACCACCACUAUAGCCAGAGAGGUUCCCGGGUACUUCUGCUUCUUUGGCACCUAUGAACUCUGCAGGACUGGAUUCGCAGACUACAUGAACUGUGAAAAAGAUGACAUAGGUGUGGCUCCGAUCGUAUUAAGCGGCGGCCUCGGAGGCGCGUCCCUCUGGUUGGUGGUCUACCCCAUGGACUGUGUCAAAUCUCGGAUUCAGGUCAUGUCCAUGACGGGGAAGCAGGCGGGGUUUUUCAAAACCUUCAUGACCAUCGCUCGCUCCGAAGGAGUGAGGGCGCUGUACUCCGGCCUCGUCCCCACCAUCGUGCGCUGCUUCCCCGCUAACGGAGCGCUGUUCCUGGGUUACGAGGUCAGCAGGAAGCUGAUGAUGAAGCAGUUCGACGACUGAGCUGCUCAGUUGUCACAACUUAAAACUGCCACACUCCCUCAGUUGCACUACCCAUAAACCAGCCGUGAUACAGUAUUUACAUUUAUCCUUAUCUGGAUGGUCAGUGUUUUAAAAUUUUACAACUUGGUUUCUGAAGUGUUGUACUGAACUUCAGAGGAAAAGGCGUGCAGUGAAGUACUGAAGCUGUGAACACUCCAGCUGGAAGUUUCUCUCCUACCUCAACAACAUGGUGUCCGCACAACUUUCUGCCAGAAGACACAUGAGUGAGAAGAAGGCUCCGUUAGACGUUUACUUUAAUGAAUUAACUCUUGUUUUCAAGCUAACAUUGAGGUGUUGUGAAAAAAUGGGUUAUAAAGUGUCAUAUUAAUUAAUAUAGGUUGCCUAACAUGUAGUAAGAUGACUGUUUUUAUUUAAAUAAGGUUCCUUUUCUGCAGAAAGCUGGGAUUUGAUUUCCGUUUUUUCCGUAUCUCCAUGCAGAACAGAAUAUGAGUGCAGAUUAAUAUUUCUGUUAUAGUUUUUAGCCUUGAAAUGUUUUUUCUUUCCACAUCCAGGCCUUGUUACAAAUCCCUUCUUUCUUUUUCCUUUCUUUCAUUACUUUUUCUUAUUUCCUUCCUUCCAGCCUAUUGUUCUUGGCUCCCAUAUCUGCCAAAUGAAGAGAUAUCUGCCAUAAACCCAAAGUGAACGUUAAUACUGUUUUAUGUUUUGAUUUUAACAGUAAGCACAGGUUAACUGUUCAGAGUCAGGCGUGGAUUGUUUUUUUUUUCUACAAGAGAAAUAUGCAGGAACCUUGUUUGAAGAACCUUUUCCUGAUAUUAAGGAACUUUAAUGUUUUCAUGCCUUUUUCUGUACAUUUUAAAAACAGAAAAAAAAAUCUUAUGUUCAUCUGAACUUUUCAAGUGUUUUUAAACUUCAUGAGUUUUUUUUUUUAAAACGAUUACUUUGAAAUACUUUUUUUAUGCCGGUUUUGUUCUUUUAUUUCACUCCUGCUGUUCUCUCCAUGCUGGUUUUUGUUAUAUAGAAGAAACUCAUUAACAUAUCAGUUGCCUUGUUACUUGCUCUAUGAGCCUAAUUCCAUGUUCUGUGUUUUUAUUUGUUGAAUAACCUACAAUUUAAUGAAAACAUGGUUUUGCAUUAAAUAAUACAUGAAUGAUAAUAAAAAAAGA